AUUAUAUAUCCCCUACAAACGUUAAGUGUUUUGUCACAUACUCCAUUUGUAACUUGUAGCACCACAACACGAAUACACGAUCGCCACUCUCGUCGUGCGACGCAGACGACCCCUGCUCUUCCCCUCGCCGGAAUCAGACAAUAUACCAGUUGCAAAUCAUGUCGCAGUCGGAGGAGAAGGUACCAAUCUCAGGCAAGAGGAACAUAUUAGUAACGAGUGCCCUCCCAUAUGUCAAUAAUGUGCCUCAUCUAGGCAAUAUCAUUGGAUGUGUGCUGAGCGCGGAUAUAUUUGCUCGAUUUUGUCGUCUUAGAGGUGAUAAUGUGUUGUUUGUUUGUGGGACUGACGAGUAUGGUACCACUACUGAGGUCCGUGCAGCUAAGGACAAUCUCACUCCCCGUGAAAUUUGUGACAAGUACCAUCCUUUGCACAAGGAGACCUAUGACUGGUUUGAUAUUAAGUUUGAUCAAUUUGGCCGAACUUCUACUCCUGAACACACUGUCAUUUGUCAUGAAGUCCUCGAUUCACUUAACAACAAGAAGCUCUUGGAGGAAAAUGUUCUUGAACAGUUGUAUUGUGAGCAAUGCUUAAAGUUCUUAGCAGAUAGUCUUGUUGAAGGUCAGUGUCCUCGCUGCCUUUUGCCUUGUAAAGGUGAUCAAUGCGAGAGCUGUGGCGCGUUUGUGAAUGCUCGAGAUUUGCUUAGCCCUACCUGCAAGAUUUGUGGGAGUUUGAGCCUGACUCUCCGCAAAUCAGAGCAUCUGUUUCUGAAACUAGCUGAUCUGCAGCAGGACUUGCGCGCCCUUUCUGAUAGGAUUACAUUCUCAAAUCAACAAGCAGUGACCCAUACAAAUAAUCUUCUUCAUAACGAACUUCAGCCAAAGUGCAUCACUCGUGACCUUAAAUGGGGAGUACCUGUUCCAAAAUUUAAAGAAAAGGUGCUGUAUGUUUGGUUUGAUGCCCCCCUUGGUUAUAUAUCCAUCACAAAGUGUCACACAUCCAAGUGGGAGCUAUGGUGGAAAAAUCCUGAGAAUGUCGAGCUUCAUUGUUUCAUGGGGAAAGACAAUGUCCCUUUUCACUCGGUCUAUUUUCCGUCAUAUCUGAUUGGAACAGGGGAAAAAUGGACCCUUCCUCAUUCGAUACAUGCUACUCAUUUUCUGUUAUAUGGAGCAGGAAAAUUUUCUAAGAGCAAUGGUAUUGGUGUGUUUGGUGAUGAUGCGAAAAAAACAGAUAUACCUGUAGAAGUAUGGAGAUACUAUUUGACAAGUGUUAGACCGGAGACAUCUGACUCAAGAUUUUUUUGGAAGGACUUGCAAGCUAAACUGAACAGCGAACUUGCUGAUAAUUUGGGCAACUUCAUCAACCGUGUGCUCACCUUUGUUGCUAAGCCCCCCGAAAAAGGAUAUAACUCUGUUAUCCCUGAUGUCUCUGAUGUUGUGCUGACUGAGAUGGACACUGAAUUAUGUGAUUACCUUAAACACUAUGUGCAGGAAUAUGUCAAGACUUUGGAGAAGGGUAAGUUGAAGGAUGGUUUAAAGGCUGCAAUGGCUAUUGCUAACGAGGGAAAUCGAUACUUCCAGAGAAGUCAAGUUUGGAAGCUUUACAUUAGUGAUAGAUCGAGGUGCUCUUUUGUUGUCAAAACUUUAGUUGGAGUUGUUUGCAUUCUUGCAUGCCUGCUUCAACCAUUUAUGCCAUCAUUUAGCACAGAGGUGUUGAAGCAACUUCAGCUUGAAGCUCAUGAGUUCACACUUCAAAACGACGACAUUGAGAGGGUUCAAAAGCCUUGGGAAAUUGUCCCUGCUGGUCAUAAAAUAGGGAAGCCAUGUCAAUUGUUCAAGAAAUUGAACGAGGACGAUGUUGACAAACUGGAGAAAAAGUUCUGUGGAAGACAGGAUGAUCGGUCUGAGAAUGUCAAGGUACUCAACAAAAGCAAGUCUGAGGUCUGCAUUGCCAAAUAAUGGAAGCCCAAUAUCUAGUUUAUGUUGACUUCCCCACAGUGGCACAAUGUUACUUUUAUCAUUCUGUGACGAUUCUAUAAUAAGUAUCUUUUACUAGUUUUUGUAUAUAAAUACAAUAUGUAGGAAAAUUUUGAUGGGUUAAAUUUGAAUAUUUGUAUUAACAUUGAACACAUCUUUUUAAAUUCUAAUCUGGAAGUUACUGCAGUUGUA